AUGAUGUCCGAAGUAUCCUUCAGUUCCAAUCUGGACCUAUCCACCACACCGAUCGUCCGAUCGCGACGCAUCAGCUGCCUACCCCUCGACCCUUCCACCCUCACCUCCCCCACCAAAGCCAAAGACACCCUCCAAACCCUCCGCCUCGAAAACGUCGCCCUCAUCGAAGAGCUCAACAACAUGGACGAGCAGCUUCGACAACUCCAAGCCGAAAAAGCUUCCUCUUCCUCUUUACUUCACUUGUCAAGUUCAUCUUCCACCGAUUCCUUGCCGGAUGAACAUCGGUACAGCGCCGAGAACAGAAGCGCAAAGAGGCUGCUGCAUCGACUCAUCGCCAAACUCGCUUCUCAGGAGGAGGUGAUGGAUGUGGACGAGACCUUCGAGUUGGAUCGAAGCAUGGUCGUGGAUCCGGAACGAUCGAUCUUGGAGCCCGGGAGGACGACGCAUCUUUCGACUCCGAAUGGGAAGAAUAGGGUGGCGAGGAGGUUCGAGGGGGAUCUGUUGGACGACAUUGGGUUGUUGGGCGAGGCACUCAAGGAGAGAGCUGGACGGGUUGGAUUUGCGACUGCCGAACGAGAGGCGGAGCUGCGCAGUGUCAAGCAGCGAAACGAGAUGCUUGCGGAGAAGCUUGCUAGGCUUGAGUCGGAGUUGAAAGGGAUGAGAUCUGCUGCUGAUGACGAUGGCGAUAGUGAGCGGAUGGCGGAGAAGCUUUCAGCCGAUAUAUUAGCAGCGCAACAACGAGAAGCAGAUCUGCAAUCGCAACUCCUCACCGCGCAAGCCCACAGCACCGACCUGGAACGCCAUCUUGCGCAAACCACCGCCAAACUCGACCAACUAUCGGCAGAGCAAGAUCUGAUCAUCUCUGCAGCAGCCAAGAAAUCAUCCGCCCACAUCGAGGCCCUCACUCUGCAGUUGGCCGAACAAUCCUCCACCACUCCUGCCGCUUCCUCCGGCGUGGACUCGGACCGCGUGCACGAGCUCGAGUCGCAACUCGACCUCGCCAACGCCUCCCUCCUCUCGCUCCAAUCCGAACACUGUUCCCUCCAAACGCAGCUCGAACAGCGUCGUUCCGCAACCAACGACGUGCAGGUGAUGCUCGACGAGCUGAAGGAGAAGCGAGAGAGGCUGUUCGCCGUACAGUCGCACAACGAGAGAGUGAGGUGGUUGGAAAAGGUCGUUGGGCUGCAGCAGAGGAUCGUGCAGCUGCUGGAUCGACAGGAGGGUGGAGAGGAGUGGGUGGAGUAUGCGAACCAGCUACGUGAACAGCUCGCUACGCUCAAAGAAGCGGAUACUCCGGUGCCGGUGAAGGAGCGAAAGGAUGCGGCUGUAGAGGCGAGCAUGACAACCGUCGACGAGAAGAGAGAUGAAGUUGUGAUGGCGUUGAAGGGCGAGGUGGAGGAGUUGGAGGCACGUGUACUGCGUCGUAACGAGCAGAUCGGGUCGUUGCAACGACAGCUGAAGGGGGUGGAGAACGAUCUGGCUCGUUCGAGGACGAAUCAGUUGCUGGCGGAGGAGACGGUGGACGAUCUGGAGUCGGAGCGCGAGGAGCAGCUAGAGACGAUCAGGUUGCUCGAGGAGCAAGUUGCUCAGCUGCAGUCUUCGAAGUCGUCGUCGUCGUCGUCGUCGUCGUCGUCAGCGUCGGCUGUUGAUCCGGACAUGCAGACCGCAGCUGCAGACGUCGUCGUCGACGAGACCGCGCUCAUCGAGGCACGAGAGACGAUCUCUGGUCUGGAGACGAAGCUCGAAUCGCUUUCGGAGGAGAACGCGACAUUGCUGGGUCAAAAGCAAGCGCUGGAGCAGGACAUCGUCUCCCUCACCGAGCGUAUCCAGCACCACUCCACCGUGCUCACCGAAAGCAAGGCCCUCGACGAGCAACGAGACGAAGAAAUCACCACCCUCAAACAGUCCCUCCUCACAUCCACCGAUCGUCUCACGUCCACCCAAGCCGACCUCUCCUCGCUCACCCUCCAGCUCGCCGAGCAUCGCGAAUUCGCGUCCACCUCCACCGAGCGCAUCUCCACCCUCGAAUCCGAUCUUCACACGCUCUCCACCACCCACGCUGCGCUGCUCGCCUCCUCCUCCACAACGCAGUCCGAGCUAGACACCGCGGUCGCGACCAUCGCCACCUUGACCUCGGAACGCGAUGAACACCGAUCCAAAUGCUCCUCGCUAGAGAGCGGAUUGCAAGAGCUCCUCUCGAAGCAUGCUGAACUCGACUCCAUCCUGGCAGCGAAGGACGAAGCGCUUACGCAGAGGAACAGCGAAUACUGGUCGCUCAAGGAGGAGCUGGCGGAGCUGCAGGAGGAGGCGGAGAGGAGCAGAGGUGAGAUCGCCCUUCUCGCCGAGGUUCAGGAGCGGUUGGAAGGUGUCACCCGGGAGAAGUCGGAGAUGGAGAUGCGGGUGGCAGCGCAGGAGGAAGCCUUGUUGAGGUUGAAAGGGGAUGUUGCUUCGGCGAGGAGUACGGAGGAGAUGCUCAACGAGCAGUACGUCGCUUCCCAGCGGCGCGUGAAAGAUCUCGAAUCCAUCGUUGCUAGUCUCGAAGGUGAAGCGAGACAAGGAGAACAAGAUUCGGAUUUGCAAGCGAAGCUAUCGGAAGCGCAGACGGAGGUGCAGUACCUGACGAGCAGGAUCGACGAGCUGGGGGAAGAACUCGGUCGAAAAGCGGAGGAGAUCGAGGAGGCGGACAGCAAGAUCCUCGAUGCGCUCAAGGAGAGCAAGAAGUACGCUACGCGGUACAACAAGUUGAGCGCCAAGUUCGAGACACUGCAGACGGAGGUCAAGGCGAAGGAGGAAGAGGUGAGGAAGGUGGAGGAGGUGUUGAAGGGGGAGAGGGAGAGGGUGAAGGCGUUGAUGAUGGAGAAGGAGAUGGGAGGCAGUUCGGGAAUGGUCAGGAGUAGUAGUGGCGGGGUGGCGGGCAGGAAGAGGUCCAAACCCGAUCACGAUGACGAAGCUGCGCGCGAAGAGGACGGCGAGAGCGAAGCUACACCGUACCGCAAGGCAGUGUACGCACCAUCCCCCUCCGCCCGCACCAUGAGUGCUUCGUCCUUCACCCCGGUCCGUCGUGCUGCCGUUCCACUCAAACGUUCCCACCACACCAAGCCUACCAACACCACACCCGUCGUCCUGGGUCACGCAACCCCUCCCCCCGGCGGCAUGGUACGCAGCACCUCCAACCCCUCCGAACUCAUCGCCCAACGUCUCCACGCUUCACCCUCUGCACCCACGCCGAAGCCGCUGUUGAGCGACAAAACCAACCUCGCUCCCGGAGGCGGUGGUGCUGCGGGCGUCAGUCGAUUGAGCUCCAAGGGCGAGCGGCCGGAGAUGGCGGUCAAGCCGAGCAAGAAGGGUUUGACGAGCUUGCUGCCCAGCAGCGAGGAGAAGAAGGUGCUGGCGGGAGGAACAGCAGCGGCAGCAGCAGGGGCGGGGGCUGCGGCAGGUGGUGGAGCCGCCGACUUUUUGGCCAGGAUGAAGGCGCAACGCGCGGCGGCGGCUGCUCAGCGUGCGUGA